AUGCUCCGCGCGCUCUAUCCACAGAAAUGGCUGCCUUAUCAUUAUAUGGGGGGUUUGGUGUGGGACACGUGGGAUGUGGAGAGGGUUUUGAGGGGGUUAGUCACAAGGCAACAGGAGAUGAGGGAGAAGGCGGGUAUGGUUGGAUCGUCGAGCACGGAAGGGGUUGAGGUGGAGAAGGAUUUAGGUGCGACUAGAUCUUUGGGCAUGGAUAGGCAGCGGAGGAACGGGGAAAGAGACAAGACGGGGGAGAUGAAAGUGGUGAAGACAAAUGAAGAGAGCGAGAUGUCGUUGUUGGAGACGCUCCUGCCGGACAUGAUGGUCCUCCUGAGCGAGAAAGACGAGUUGGUGCCGAAUGAGCAGGGGCGGAAGAUAUGGGAGGAUAGUGCGCCAUUCCGGAGGAGUUCGAGCCUGAGUGGUCUUUCGGGUUCACGUUCGAGCUCUGACUCUGAUCGCGUAACGGGUACAAAGGGCGGAGUCCAUGGUAGGUUUGGAGUGGAUGAUGCGGAUGUGGACGGGGAUGGUGGACAAGGCAGACUCGUAGUAAUCGAGAAAGCGCUACACGAGGAUGCGUGGAAAUAUAGACGGUGGGGCAUCGAGAUGAGGAGGUAUAUACGGGAUGUAGAGCGGAAGGCUGCGACUCGGAGGCACUGGCAGGGUAUGAGGGGACGGUUAACAAUUUAG